AGGAGAGGCUCUGGUCUGGAAGAAAACAAAACAAAUCUCAGAAAACAAAACCCAAAAUUCAAUAGUCACAACCACAAGCGCAUCAUCGAAGUGUCGCUUCUCCCUUCUUUCCCUCACUUUCAGGAAGAUUAUAGAGAUAUGAGUUCUCAACUUCGGAGAGAAAGAAGGGACUGGUCCAGGGUUCCACCACAAGGUGCUACUCGUCAAGAAUGGGUCCCCAGAGGGGCUGCUGCUGCGUCCAGCAAUGUUGCUCAGCCAUCAAAUUUGCAUUCAAACAACAAUGCUGAUGCUGGUUCUUCCAAUCAAGGGGUGGCCGUCGCUGCUCCGUCGUCGGUGAGUCGCGCUAGAAGCAACAAUCAUGGGAAUGAUUCCGGUUCUUCCAAUCAAGGGGUGGCCGUUGCUGUUGUGUCGGUUAGUCACGGUAGAAGCAACAAUCAUGGGACUGAUGCUGCCGGUUCUUCCAAUCAAGGGGUGGCCAUUGCUGCUCUGUCGGUGAGUCGCGGUAGAAGCAACAUUCAUGGGAAUGAUGCUGGUUCUUCCAAUCAAGGGGUGGCCGUUGCUGCUCUGCCAGCCAGUCGCGGUAGAAGCAACAAUCAUGGGACUGAUGCUGCCGGUUCUUCCAAUCAAGGGGUGGCCAUUGCUGCUCUGUCAGUGAGUUGCGGUAGAAGCAACAUUCAUGGGCAUGAUGCUGGUUCUUCCAAUCAAGGGGUGGCCGUUGCUGCUCCACCAGCCAGUCGCGGUAGAAGCAACAAUCCCAGGAAUGAUGCUGGUUCUUCCAAUCAAGGUUUGGCCGUUGCUCCGCCGGUGAAUCGUGGUAGAAGCAACAAUCAAGGGAAAGAUUCUGGUCCUUCCAGUCAAGGGGUGGCUGUUGCUGCACUGGCGAGUCGUGGUAGAAGCAACAAUCAUGGGACUCAUAGGAUGGAAAAGGAAAAGGAUAAGGGGAACAAGAGUGGGAGUCAGGUGGAGAAGGGAUUGGGAGUGGGAGUCAGAUACUCUAGUUUGCCUCAACUGGUGCAAGAGAUUCAGGAGAAGCUCAUGAAAGGUACUGUGGAGUGCAUGAUUUGCUAUGAGAUGGUCCAGAGGUCUGCGGCGGUUUGGUCUUGCUCCAGCUGUUACUCUAUCUUUCACCUGAACUGCAUCAAGAAGUGGGCUAGGGCACCAAUUUCAAGUGAUUUGUCCUUGUCUGUGGAGAAGAAUCAUGAGCUUAAUUGGCGGUGUCCUGGUUGCCAGUCUGUGAAAUUUACCUCUUCAAAGGAGAUUAGGUAUGUUUGCUUUUGUGGGAAGAGGAUAGACCCUCCAUCUGAUUUGUAUCUGACACCUCACUCGUGUGGAGAACCAUGUGGGAAGCCUCUUCAGAAGGUGUUGGUUGCUGGAGGGAAUAGGGAUGAUCUUUGCCCUCAUGCUUGUGUCUUGCAAUGCCAUCCAGGACCAUGCCCUCCCUGUAAAGCAUUUGCUCCUCCUCGGUUGUGCCCUUGUGGGAAGAAAAAUAUUACCACCCGUUGCUCUGAUCGGCAGUCUGUUCUUACCUGUGGACAAUGCUGUGAUAAACUUCUUGAAUGUGGGCGGCAUCGCUGUGAACACAUUUGUCAUGUGGGUCCAUGCAAUCCUUGUAAGGUUCCAAUCAGUGCAACUUGUUUUUGCAGUAAAAAGACAGAGGUUUUUUCUUGUGGGGACAUGUCUGUGAAGGGUGAAAUUGAAGCAAAAGGUGGGGUUUUUGCUUGUGGUUCCUAUUGUCUAAAGAAACUUGGUUGUGGUAAUCAUGUCUGUAGUGAGAUUUGCCAUCCAGGAAGCUGUGGGGAAUGUGAAUUUUUACCUAGCCGGGUUAAGACAUGCUGUUGUGGGAAAACAAGGUUGGAGAAUGAACGCCAGAGUUGUUUGGAUCCGAUACCUACCUGCUCUAAAGUAUGUGGCAAGCUGCUUCAUUGUGGCAUGCAUAGUUGUAAAGAGGCAUGUCAUGUUGGGGAGUGUCCACCUUGCUUGGUUGAAGUUUCACAGAAGUGCCGUUGUGGCUCAACUUCCCGAACUGUGGAGUGCUAUAAGACUACGAUGGAGAAUGAGAAAUUUUUGUGUGAAAAGUCUUGUGGGAUAAAAAAGAAUUGUGGAAGGCAUCGAUGUAGUGAAAGGUGUUGUCCAUUUACUAAUUCAAAUCAUUAUAAUACCUUUAGUGGGGAUUGGGCUCCUCACUUUUGUUCCAUGCCAUGUGGAAAGAAGCUAAGGUGUGGCCAGCAUUCGUGUGAAUGUCUGUGUCACAGUGGUCAUUGUCCACCUUGUUUCCAAACAAUCUUUAAUGAAUUGGCUUGUGCUUGUGGUAGGACUUCAAUACCUCCUCCUCUACCGUGUGGCACACCGCCUCCCUCAUGUCAGCUUCCGUGCUCAGUUCCUCAGCCAUGUGGUCAUUCAGUCUCACACAGUUGCCAUUUUGGAGACUGCCCUCCUUGUUCAGUUCCUGUAGCAAAAGAAUGUAUUGGCGGGCAUGUAGUUCUUAGAAACAUACCUUGUGGUUCAAAGGAUAUCAGAUGCAAUCAUCCCUGUGGGAAGACCAGGCAGUGUGGUUUACAUGCAUGUGGUAGAACAUGUCACCCCCCACCUUGUGAUAGUCAAUCUGGUGUUGUGCAAGGUUUCAAAGCACCAUGUGGCCAAACAUGUGGUGCUCCAAGAAGAAGCUGCCGGCACACAUGUAUGGCUCCUUGUCACCCUUCAUCUCCAUGCCCAGAUAUAAGGUGUGAAUUCCCUGUUACAAUCACUUGCUCUUGUGGCCGUGUAACCGCAAAUGUUCCUUGUGAUGGUGGUGGUAGCAGUAGCAAUUAUAAUGCUGAUGCCAUACAUGAAGCUUCCAUUAUUCAAACAUUGCCUGCACCACUUCAACCAGUUGAUGCAAAUGGCAAGAAAGUUCCCCUAGGACAAAGAAAACUGAUAUGUGAUGAUGAAUGUGCUAAGCUGGAACGCAAAAGGGUUCUCGCAGAUGCUUUUGACAUUACUGCUCCAAAUCUGGACUCUCUUCAUUUUAGUGAUAACUCUCUUUCUUCUGAAUUGCUUUCUGAUUUUUUUAGGCGUGAGCCAAAAUGGGUUUUAGCUGUUGAGGAGAGAUGCAAAAUUUUAGUUCUUGGCAAGAGUAGAGGAAUAGGAACUGCACAUGGUUUAAAAGUCCACAUCUUUUGUCCCAUGCUGAAGGAAAAAAGAGAUGCAGUGAGAUUGAUUGCUGAUAGAUGGAAGCUUGCAGUCAAUGCUGCUGGCUGGGAGCCAAAGCGAUUUAUUGUAAUUUCUGUUACCCCAAAAUCAAAGGCCCCAGCUCGUGUGAUAGGGGUUAAGGGUACUACAACUUUAAAUGUGCCUCUUCCUCCUGCAUUUGAUCCAUUGGUUGAUAUGGACCCGCGACUUGUUGUCUCGUUUCCAGACUUACCAAGGGAUACUGAAAUUAAUUCCUUGGUGUUGAGGUUUGGUGGCGAGUGUGAGCUUGUUUGGUUGAAUGACAAGAAUGCUUUGGCUGUUUUUCAUGAUCCUGCCCGAGCUGCAACUGCAAUGAGGAGGUUGGAUUAUGCAACAGUUUAUCAGGGAGCUGUUUUGGUUGCCCCGAAUGCUGGGGCAUCGGCGGCAUCUUCAGCUACCAAUGCCUGGGGAGGAGCUCUGCCGGCAUUGAAAGGUAACUCAUGGAAAAAGGCUGUGGCUCAAGACUCUGGUUGGGGAGAUUCUGGGGUUGGUGAAGAGUGGACUGCUGGUUCUGUGAAUAUCCAGCCAUCUGUUUGGAAGAAGGAAGCACCUCUGGCUGCUUCUUUAAAUCGUUGGAAUGUCUUGGAGCAGGAGUCAAGUUCAAGUUCAUCGUCUACAACUAUUAGAGCUGAUAUUUCUGGGAAGAAAACUGAAAAUACUGGUGAAGAAGGUGGCUCAAAGGAAGAGGAAAACUUGGAUGCAACUUCUGAAGUAGUUGAUGAUUGGGAGAAGGCUUAUGAAUGAGGGACAAAAUAGGCCUCCUUCUGUUAAAAAAACAAAAAAAAAAAAAACUCCUUAUUGUUAGAAAUUUUAUCUUGUUAUAAAGUAGCUAGACAUGAAUUGUUAGGCCUCAUUGCCUUGUUUCAUGAAUUUUUGCUAGGUCAUUUCUUUUCCUUAUAGGUAUAUGUUUUAAACUCAGUUAUUAGAACAGUUGUACCCAGAUUAAGCAAUGGGUAUCUAGUAUCUACAGAAAAAAAUUGCAUUUUGUAAAUGCGCUGCAUUGUUUAAUCAAGUCCUUAAAUCUUUUGGAUU